GUUUACCCGCGCCGGACUCACCGCCGCCGCCGCCGCGGGAUCCGAGUGGGGGCGCGGACGCGGGCGCUCCCGCGAGCCACGGUGGUGCUGGCUAGAGUGCACACUUUCAGACCCAAACUUCAGUUUUCAAAUGUGGAAUCCUAGGCCUUCACCGGUUUCUGGAAGAAGCUGACUGCCUGAAAGGAAACUACAAAACAUGAAAAUCGCUUUGAGGUGACCCAUACGUCCAGUGGCCCCUUACUCCUCCCAAGGUGGAUCUGAGCUCUAAGAACUGUCGCUUCAGAUGAAGGAACUUGAGCCCAGAGAGUGGGAGUGACCGUACCAGUCCCGUGGCGUGGAGCUGGGAGCCUGUCUGUGGGCAGCACGCGGCCCUCUUCAACUUGGUUUGGACUCGGAGUCCCUUGCAAGUUCCAGACCUCCAAUGGCUGACCAGAGAAUGGACAUUUCUUCGACAAUCAGUGACUUCAUGUCCCCGGGCCCCACCGACCUGCUGUCCAGCCCCCUCGGCACCAGUGCCAUGGACUGCAACCGCAAACGGAAAGGCAGCUCUACCGACUACCAAGAAAGCAUGGACACAGACAAAGACGACCCUCACGGAAGGUUAGAAUACACAGAGCACCCAGGAAGGAUAAAAAAUGCAAGGGAGGCUCACAGUCAGAUUGAAAAGAGGCGUCGGGAUAAAAUGAACAGUUUCAUCGACGAACUGGCUUCUUUGGUGCCCACGUGCAACGCCAUGUCCAGGAAAUUAGACAAACUUACUGUGCUGAGGAUGGCCGUUCAGCACAUGAAAACACUUCGAGGUAAGACCUCGGGCUCCGCUGUCCUCGAUGCCCUUGCCCGCAGAUGUUCCCUCCCUUGCCUGGGGUGCACCUGGGUCCCCAAGACCGUGUUUGUCAUUUGCCGGCGUGUAGCCUUGAGUGACAGGCCUGUCCUUGCCAGCGCUAGACCUGAUGCAGCAGAUGGAUUUUUGUUUGUCGUAGGAUGUGACCGAGGGAAGAUACUCUUUGUCUCCGAGUCUGUCUUCAAGAUCCUCAACUACAGCCAGAAUGAUCUGAUCGGUCAGAGUUUGUUUGACUACCUGCACCCUAAAGAUAUCGCCAAAGUGAAGGAGCAGCUCUCCUCCUCGGACACGGCGCCCCGGGAGCGGCUCAUAGAUGCAAAAACUGGACUUCCAGUUAAAACAGAUAUAACCCCUGGGCCAUCUCGAUUAUGUUCUGGAGCACGACGUUCUUUCUUCUGUAGGAUGAAGUGUAACAGGCCUUCAGUAAAGGUGGAAGACAAGGAUUUCCCCUCUACCUGCUCAAAGAAAAAAGAUCGAAAGAGCUUCUGCACCAUCCACAGCACAGGGUACCUGAAGAGCUGGCCGCCCACAAAGAUGGGGCUGGACGAGGACAGCGAACCAGACAACGAGGGCUGUAACCUCAGCUGCCUUGUCGCCAUCGGACGCCUGCAUUCUCACGUGGUUCCGCAGCCGGUGAACGGGGAAAUCAGGGUGAAAUCUAUGGAGUACGUGUCUCGGCACGCAAUAGACGGGAAGUUUGUUUUUGUAGACCAGAGAAUAAGAGGGUCAUCCCCUUCCAGUUGUGGCUCCAGCCCAUUAAAUAUCACAAGUACACCUCCCCCUGAUGCCUCUUCUCCAGGAGGCAAGAAGAUUUUAAAUGGAGGGACUCCUGACAUUCCUUCCAGUGGCCUACUACCAGGGCAGGCUCAGGAAAACCCAGGUUAUCCAUAUUCUGAUAGUUCCUCUAUUCUUGGUGAGAACCCUCACAUAGGCAUAGACAUGAUAGAAAACGACCAAGGCUCAAGUAGUCCCAGUAAUGAUGAAGCAGCAAUGGCCGUCAUAAUGAGUCUCUUGGAAGCAGAUGCUGGACUGGGUGGUCCUGUUGACUUUAGCGACUUGCCAUGGCCGCUGUAAACACUACAUGUUGCUUUGGCAACAGCUGCAGUAUCAAAGUGCAUUACUGGUGGAGUUUUACAGUCUGUGAAGCUUACUGGAUAAGGAGAGAACAGCUUUUAUGUACUGUCUUCAUAAAAGCCAUCUCAGAGCCAUUGAUACAAGUCAAUCUUACUAUGUGUAACUUCAGACAAAGUGGAACUAAGCCUGCUCCAGUGUUUCCUCAUCAUCGAUUAUUGGGCUAGCUGUGGAUAGCUUGCAUUAAUUGUAUAUUUUGGAUUCUGUUUGUGUUGAAUUUUUUAAUCAUCGUGCACAGAAGCAUCAUUGGUAGCUUUUAUAUGCAAAUGGUCAUUUCAGAUGUAUGGUGUUUUUACACUACAAAGAAGUCCCCCAUGUGGAUAUUUCUUAUACUAAUUGUAUCAUAAAGCUGUUUAUUCUUCCUUGUAAGAAUCCUUUACUAUAAAUAUGGGUUAAAGUAUAAUGUAUUAGACAGUUAAAUAUUUUUAAUAAAUGUUUCCCUUG